ACUUUCUGCCUCUGGACAGUGUGGUAGCAGCUUUUCUCUUAUUGGAUUGUCUCGCCUUAACUGGGAAGGGCUUAUUCAAAUUAACAAAGAGCUUAUAAAACAUCAGGAACUGUUAUGUGUUAUGAAACUUUUUAGAGGGAGCAGCUUUUAACAAGAGAAACCAAGCGAUUGCUGCCAUGGCGGGAAAGCCAGUCCUUCACUACUUUGAUGGCGGGGGCAGAAUGGAGCCUGUCCGGUGGCUCCUGGCUGCAGCGGGAGUAGAGUUUGAAGAAAAAUUUCUGAAAACUCGGGAUGACUUGGCAAGGUUAAGAAAUGAUGGGAGUUUGAUGUUCCAGCAAGUGCCCAUGGUGGAGAUUGACGGGAUGAAGCUGGUGCAGACCAGAGCCAUUCUCAACUACAUUGCCUCCAAAUACAACCUCUAUGGGAAGGACAUGAAGGAGAGAGCCCUCAUUGACAUGUAUGCGGAAGGUAUAGCAGAUCUGGAUGAAAUAGUUCUCCAUCAACCUUAUAUUCCCCAAGAGGAGAAAGAGGCAAACCUUGCCAAGAUCAAGGACAAAGCAAGGAACCGUUACUUCCCUGCCUAUGAGAAGGUGUUAAAGGGCCAUGGACAAGAUUAUCUCGUUGGCAACAGGCUGAGCAGGGCUGAUGUUUACCUGGUUGAACUUCUCUACCAUGUGGAAGAGCUGGACCCCAGCGUUUUGGCCAACUUCCCUCUGCUGAAGGCACUGAGAACCAGAGUCAGCAACCUCCCCACAGUGAAGAAGUUUCUUCAGCCUGGCAGCCAGAGGAAGCCUUAUGAGGAUGAGAAAUGUGUAGAAUCAGCAAUGAAGAUUUUCAGUUAGAUCAGGCACAUAUUGAUGAACAGCAGCCACAAGAGCAACCUUCUAAAGCUUUGCAACAAUGAAGUGUUUUGAUUAAAUGUUGCUCCUGCUUAUUGUGAAGCUAACACGUUUUCCAAGAUUUGUGCAUUAGUUCAAGUAGUCAUGACCUAUGCAGAAUUGCUAGGAUGCUAUUUGGUUCUAGUCAAAAUUGAAAUCAUGAUCACUUCCUAGGA